AUGCUUCCUCAACUCUUUGCUAAUAACAAUCAAAUUGAUCCAAUGAGUCAGCAGCUCAGAGUUAAUAGUUACAAUGACUCCUACAAGAUCAGAGAGUAACUUCACUAAUUUACAAAUAAGUUUAACUCAUUUGUUCCAAAGAAGAUUAGUUACAAUAUCAACUAUACUAAGUCAAAUUUUUAUAAGGAAUUCGACUUGAGUUGUCAAUAAAAUAAUGAUGAGAAGGCUAAUGAUGAUGUUUUGAACAAUAGUAGAGAUUAAGGAACUUUACUAUCUAGGGGAGUUAAUGUACCUAUGAGUAGUGGGGGGUAAAAUGUAUCGAAAUAGAAUGAUGAUUACUUUGAAAAUUUGAACAUUGAUAAUAGUUAGAAUUAGUUUAGGGCUCAGCGUAGAAACUAAACCUAACACUAUUAAAUAAGACCAAAAGUCAAAUCAAUAAAUAACAGAUAGAAUCUUCUUAAAUCCCCAGUCGAAGUUAGGUCUAAACAGAAUCUACCACUGAAUUCAGAGUAAAAUGAGAAUUAUACUACUGAUUUGGCUGUUGAUGAACUCGCCCAGGAAAUGGGCAUCAAUACUAGCCAUCUAAGUUUUAUGAAAAAGGAUCCAAGCACGAGAUAUGAAAUAGAACUGCAAUUAGAGCAUGAGACCCCUUAAGCUAACUAUAAAGAUCUACUAAGAUAAGUAAGUUCUAAAGCUAGAUAAGCCAUUGAAAGCAAUUCGUUCUCUUAGAGAUAAAACUAGCCUAAAUUUAUCAAAGGAGGUAGCAGCAAUUGCAAUUAGGACAAGUUGAUAGAUUUACUAAGUGAAAAAGAACAGUAAUUUUAAAAGAGGAUUGGAGACACUUUUGGGAUAUUAAAGAGAAACAGUAAACUGUUGAAGUCGUUUGACUAGAAAACUAAUCCAAAUGAAAUUAAGCAGCCAAAAUCAAAGAAUGAGACAAAGAGUUCCUAAGCUAAAAUUAAUAUCUUAAUUAACUCAUCACAAGAUAAUACAAACAAUCAAUACAGUUAGAGAUCAGAUAUAUUUAGCCACGAUCAAGACAUAUUAAAUCAAUCAUCUUUAAGUCGGCAACUCGUGAUACAAUCGACAAAGAAUGCUUCUAAUCGAAUAGGCAUUAAUACUUCUCAUAAUGAUUACAUAUCAUAGGAAUUGCAAAGCCAGAAUUUCACUGAGAAACGCAAACUUAACUUUGAAAAGUUCAUAAAACAGUAAAUUUAUCUUUUUAACAUUAAUAGGCAUUCUAAGCCAAUUGUGCCGCUUGAAUAAACAAGAGAGAAGACCAACAGAAGGCUGUAAAAUUUGCUGAGAGCAAAGGAGCAGAGUGAAUAUCAGAAAUCCAUUAACAACAAUAGUAGGUUCAUGGACUCUCCAAACACAUCAGUAUUUAAGAACUCUGCUUUUAACAAGACCUUUGAUCUGACCAGCAACAGCUAAAAUCCUAUGCUCGCUAAGAUAUCAACCUCAGGAGAAGCCAUUUAUGGAGGAUUAAUGCAUUAAACAAUUGAUUUCAUUAAAGUGGACACUCAAGAAGAUUAGCGGUAACACACUGAGCAAUAGACCUCGCCUAGUCCUUUGCAUAUUCAUGAUUCCUAGCACCAAGCACAUUACUCCCAGUUGAUGGACACUCCCAAGGGCAUCUUUAAACCUAAUUUUGACAAGUAAGUUUAGAGAAGGAGACUCAUGACUGCUGAGGUUGGUUUCCGAUCUCAAAAUCAGAAAAGAGGCUUGAAUCAGACUACAAUCCUUCAAGGCAUAUCCUAGCUUAUUAAAACUCAGAUGAAUGCGAGAUUGUCUCCGCUAAGAGAACUAAACCGAUAGAAGAAAUAAAGGUAAAAUAGAAUGACGCAGCAAAUCAAACAGAUGCAGGAGAAUAGAAACUCGGGGGAGGAAAUAGAGGGAUAAUCUGAGCUUGAGCAAUAGAAGCAAAUGCUAUUCGAUAAAAGAUAGAUGGUUAGAUUAAACCAGCAAUCUAGCUCACAAUCAUAACAGCUAAAUAAGAAUAACUCAAUGCACUCUCGCUAGAUAAAAAGCGAGAAAUUCAUAGUCAGGAGAAAUGAGCAUCAGCAAAGUGAAAGUCAGUCUCACCAAGGCAAGCAGCUAAUGGGGGAUUUGUUUAAAAUGAAGAACUUCUAUGCAAAGAGAGUACCUAUGAUAAAUCCUAUGGUCAGCAGGUAUAGAAAUUCGAAACUCAGACAAUCAAUGGAUCCAAGUUUCUAAAAUACUGCAGCACCUAGUCAAUUAAGAGUAAAUCAGAUAAAUUCAGAGCAGGAUAUUAGAGAUCUUGUCUAGUCAGUGGAUAUGAAAUCUUUCAACCCCUUUCUUUAAGUAUUCCUUGAUGGCAAUAAGAAGAUGCUCAGGAAAAACACUUAGAACUACAAAAGUGGAGUUCCAGCUAGUGGUAGUAGCUUGAGUAAUGAGAAAAGGUAAUCAGGUCUCUCUAAGACUAAUGGGCUAUACGAUAAACAAGAUAACUACAUGAAGAGUUAUUUCAAUCAGAGCAGCAAUCUAAAUCAUGAGAGAAAUAAUCAUUAUGAAUUAGCUAUGCAAAAUAAAAACCCGAAAAGUAAUAGUCAUCUUGCACAUAACGAUAUCAUGAUUAAUGAUAGAGACACGAUAAGAGUCAGAAAGAUCAAUGAAAUUCAAGCAUUUCAUAAACCAAGAAGGCAUUACAGUCCAAGUCCAUAGAGGGAAUCACCUUUCAGAAAUAAUAUCUACUCCAGGUAAGAGCAUGCUAAUCAUUUAAUCACAGAAAUGACAAGCAGUGCUUAAGGGACUACAUUUGACAAUUCAACUUAGAUGCCUCGAAUGGUUGAGAGGUUCUAAAAUAAUAACUCCUCUGAAGCACUCAUGAUGGAAUCAAUGAACAAUAUCAACCGAUCUCCAGAACGAGCUUCUCAUCUACCAGCAACGAAUAAGGACAUUCCUUAAAACUUCCUAUAUAAGAAGAACUCAGUUUCCUAAAAUAACUAAUUCGCAGCGAACAGCUCUCAAAUCAAUAAUAAUAACUAUCAGCAGAGAUCAGCAAAUCAAAACAUGAGCAAGAGUCUUGAGAAGUCAACUUUCCAAAAGCAGAGAUCAGAAAAGGUAAACACACGUGAUUUAUAUGGGGUCAGGGGUGGGAGCGUUAAUAUGAAAACUAUAGAUGAGAGAAAGAAGGUGUUUCAGCAGAAGUAUCACGGACUGAUUGCAUUCUCACUGGACAGGUAGUUGAAUGAUUUGAAGCAGAGAGUCAGUGGGCUUGGGACGAUCACGAAGAGAGCCAUAAGCAGUGGAGGAGUAGGCACUGGCUUCAUAUUAGUGGGAAAGAGGUCUAUCAAUAAUAGACAGAAUAUCCUGAAGAAGAAAUUGGAACAGGCAAGAAUCGAAAAUCAGUAAUAUGAGCAGCAGUACUCGAAGUAGUAGGAGUAUUUAUACUAGCAAGUUAAUAAAGAUUUAAUAGAUGAUUUGGAUUUGAAUGGAGGCAGGAGUCCUAAGAGACUGGGAGCCAGCUUCAAGACAGUCAAGUUUAAUGUAUGA